CAGAGGUGCUCUAGGUGGUUACCAAUGAUUUUUCCCGAUAUGCACUUUUACAGGAUUAUUCUGGUGUAGGAGACUGAUGCAACGAUAGCUGUUAUUUAGGGGCAAGCUAGUCCUUGGAGAAUCAGCUGUAUGAAUGUGUUCAGCAAGAGUGCUCGGUGCUGCUCUAUUUUCUCCUCUCUAUGAAAUGUUCUUAGAUCUUUAUAUAGAAAAACAAUCUCUUUUUCUGUAUUUGUCCUUGUUUACUGCUCCACCCAGUUUGGUGUCCUCUGCAAAUGUCAUCUGGCUUCUUCGCCUUUGCCACUCCCAUCCUCUUUCAAAUUGCUAAUGGGAAUGUUAAAAUGGGACCUAGGAAUGACCUGCCAGUAACGUAAUGCUCACUGCCAAUCCAGUACCGGACUGUUUAAUUUUGCUGUUGGGUCAGUUUUCAGAAUGUGGUACGAGGUUAAAUCCGGGCGGAUUUGAAUGUCUUAUGGGUGACGUAGGCAGCAGUACCUGAGAUUCUCUGCUAAAUUUAAAACGCUUGUUUGUAUUCUGGAAGGCUGCUGAAGUGCAGUUUAUAACAUUCGUAACUCUUCAGUGUAGCUUGCUUACUCAUUCUGUACCUGGUUUUGCUGUAGAUAACUAUUUUUUUUUUUUUUUUUUCCAAAUUGGUCUGUUUGUUUCAGCGGUUACAAAUAUCUUGUACUCAUCUGUUGCUUUGCAGCAGCGUGGAUGUUAAUGAGUACAGCAGUCCAUUAGCAUUUAGGUUUUUUCUAAUACUUGGCAUGAAGAAUAUAUUUCAAUCCAAAUAUCUGGACUUGCCUUUUCAGAUUUAGCUGCUGGGGAGUUGAUGCUGAGUGUUUACUUUGCUGAUGACUUCUUCUUAGUUUUCUUUCUUUUGCCCUUUUCUGAGUCAUAACUGACCGUCUGGAUUGUUGUUUGGUUGUUUUCUACUCUUCCAUUUUCUGUGCAGCACUUCUAACUUUUACGCAGCUGUAACAACGAGUUGUAGAGAAGGCAGGUGAUGAUACAGUCUGCUGCUAUUCCCUUGCCACAAAUUAGGCAUUUCAAUACUUCCCCCUUUUUUUGUGUCAUAAUUUCUUAUGGAACUUCUGGAAAGUAACUUUAGUAUCUUUUAUGCCAUGGUUAGCAAGCCAACUGAAUUCAAGGCUCUUACAAGUUAUUGCUGAUGUUAAUACUUACUCGUGCUAUUAAUACCGAUGGCAUUAAGGCACCUUUCCCCCCACACACACUCUAUUGAGUUUGUAUUUUUGGACACCUGAUACAGGGCAUGCCUUGUGUGUUUCGGUGUUAGUAGCCUUGCGCUAACCUAGCAAGGACGGUGAUAGACACAAAAUAUUAACGAGUUGAGGACAAAAAAUUUGUGGUUUUCAAAAGUCAAUAACAAGGUGAUGUGCAGUGGAAGAGGAUUAGUAUUAGGGAUAUUUUGAUGGAAAGUUGUUAAAUGAUAGUUGCUUAAAGAAAGACCUGUUGAUUGGGUUGCUUAAAACGAGAGAUCUUGUCUGCCUCUCAGGAUUUAGGGUUGGUUGGUAAGAACUCUGACGAGGAUUGUUGUCUAAUAACUGCUGUCUCCAGUUUUUGUAAACUGUUUGAAGGCACGUGGGACAAUGCGGUGCCAGGCCUGAGCGUGCUCCUAAUCUGUGUUCGCCCAGCUCUGCUUUCAGUGCUCUGUGAGGUCUUUCGGGCUGUCCUGGCAGGGUGGUGGUUCCUGCUGCCCUCUUCCCGGCACGCAGCACGGAUUCUCCACCUUGAGCAGCGCAGAAUUGCUGAGAGGAGUCUCCAACCUGUUUUUUGGACAUUUUCUCCUCUCGCUUUAUAUUUCUCCCACAGCCUCAGUCCAAGGCCGAGAAGGGAAAGGGCAUCAAGAAUUGGCUAUGUUUCUUUGUCAGAGUCUAAAUCUUCUUUGUCUCCCACCUCUUUAGUUCUGAUAUAUCUGUGUGUGAAAACUUUGGCUUCUGCGUAGAUCACUUCUGCUUUUUGGCUUGUUAGCUUAUUUGAUUAUUUCCAUGUGAACAGGAAAUUAUAUGAACUGCAUUUUUUAAAAUAUGUUCUUGCUUCCAGUUGCUUUUUCUUUAUUACUUGGAUAAGGUGUACAUGCCUUGAGCGCAGCCUUGAACACAUAAACGACUUUGUCUUCAUCUUGUGGAUACCUGACGCUGUUUCUGCUACCGUGUAGCGUUUGUGCUCCCAAAUUUCUCAUGGGCGUAUAAUUUCACUAGGGGGCACUUGGCUGUGGCUCUCGAGCUGGAGGAACCUUGAUGUGACUUCUAAUGUAAAUGCUGGCAUUUUGAAUUGAAAAUGCCUUCACUUUCCUGCCUAAGUGAGAGUAAUUCUCUUAAGAGGUUAAUCUGAAUUCGGUGUAGCUCUGUUUCUCUCUCUCGCUGCCCCUCAUUUCCUACUGUGUAUACAGUACUUGGCAAAAGAUGCCAUGGUCUGAGUAGAGAGCUGGGGAAACCAACUCUUCAUCUUCUGGAUCUCAGUUCAGCUGCUUGUCUUACGUUACACCUUUGUGAAAUUAUAUUUAUUCGCUUCCUGUCAUCUGGAUUGGAAUGAAUCUCUCUCUUCUCGAGAAUUCAUUAAGUUUAUGUGGCAGUUGUAAUAAUAGUCAUGAAAGUGCUCCAUAUUCUCCUUGGUAAGUGCAACUGUCAGAAUCCAGACACAGCUGAUCACUUAGUUUUAUUUUUAUUACUUCCCUUUUUACGUUUACUAUUCAUUUUCUGACCUUUAGGCGUUGAUACCUGCACAUUUCUCUUCCACUACUUCAUCAUUUUGCCAUAAAUAACUAGCAAUUUAAUGUACUUUUUUUGACUGAAAAAUUCUCUUAAGAGUGUUAUAGCUCAUUUAAUCCAGACUGGGAAGACAAAUUAUGAUUCUAAUGGCAGUCAGCUCCUUGUUGCAGUCGCAUAGGAUCUUAAAGUGGCAAUGUACUAUUGACUUCUUUGUAAUGUAGUUGAAUUUCCUGAGCUGUUUAUAGUUCCGAUUUGAAACAUGACAUUGAAUUUUUUAAUCAUGAAGCACUAAUGCAAGUUAUUUUUCUUUAGGAAUCCUAUUCUGAUUUAUAUGGAAGUGCUUAGAGUGUGGACGCAACUUAGAGCAGUGUAUCUAGUGCAUCUGUAGACGAUGUGCUUUGGAAUUACUUUCCACAGCUCUCUGGCCUUAAUCAAGGGAAAACUUCAGCUUACGGAAUAAUACUUUGGGGAAUAUCUUUAUAACUUUGAAGUCUAAAGCCAGGGCUAUGUGAUGAAAGCGCCUUCAUGGUAUUAGUUUUGGACUCUUGCACAGUUGCAUCAUAAACUUACUUUCUCUCCUCCUGAAGCUUUUUUUUAGUGGGUGUUUUUUCCAUAUGUAGGGGCACAUAGUUGAAGGGUGUGCUCUAAUUUCAGGAAUCUACAUGAUUCUAGUGUCUUAAAUUAAGUUACUUUUGCUUUUUUAAAACCAUAAUCAAGGAUACAGAAGUAGAAGCAGAGUGAAAGAAUGGAUUCUGGUUUUGCAUUUUUUGUUGUUUUGAUUAAUCACGCUUAAGAUAAUCGUUUGUUACACCUCUGUGAACUUUUUACUUUGUGGGUUAGCCUUGUUCAAAGAUUCCAGUGCUUUAUUUCCAAUUUUCUGUUCAUUUAGAUAUCGCUGCAAGAUAACUUAGUUGUGUCUGCAAAAUGUUUUCUGGGUUGUUUGUUUUUAACCCAAGAAGGGCUAGAACCUCUGAGAACAGCUGAUGUAGAAGUACCACAAAUUUGAGAAGACAAACCAUGUUGUUUGAGGAAAAUUAAUACUCAUCAGGUACAUUGUCAGACAUGCGUGUGGCCUGGUGGCUUAACACUGAACGUAGCCUGGUUCUUCCAACGCUUGUUUUAAGCUUUGAUCUGCGGAAUUAAUCUGGAUAUGAGUCAUGUCACUCAUUUUUUACUGAUUUUGUUGUUGUUAUAGCAUUAUUCAAAUUCCAGUGCUACGUAGUUCAGUUGCUUACCGAACUAGGGCUCUUUGCGUUGUCUUGCUUGGUUAGCUGAGUUGAUGCAGUGCAAAGAGGGCAAAUCAGCAUUUUUGUUUUGGUUUUGCAUAAACUUUUUUAUUUUGAUCUGUCUUUCAAGUAGAGACAUGAAAAAGGUUAGUGGGAAUGGCACAACACUUGGUAUAAAUUGCAUCAAUAUUUUUAAUGAAAUUGUUAGUAGAAUUCAGGUCUUCUAUCUGGGAUAGUGUUUCUGGGGCUUCUUAUGUGGCAUGGUUCCAUGCAACUUAGGAAGAAGUUAGCAUUGUAAUCUCUGUGUUGCAGAGUGGGGGGAAAAACUUGGAGUGUAAACAAGGAAGGGAACUAGAAAGUUCCUGGAGCUAUGAGACUGCUCACAUAUAUUGCAAAUGAUGUUUUAGGCAUGUGGGUUGUCCUUAGAAAUCUCCUGUCCGUGGGUCUCAGAACCAGGUUUUAUUGCUGUAUCAGUGAAGCUGCUGUCCCAGAAGGAGGGCCUGUGUAGUCUGCAGUCACUGGCAAGAUGACCGCUUGGCUGUCUUCAAUAUGCACAAUCUUUUCUUUGCUCUUUUGAGCUUCUGAAAGACACAGGCGUCUUGAUAAAGCAGUUUGCCUCAAAAUUGAACUAUGUAAAACACAAGGGAAACUUAUUUGUUGUAGAAAAUACUUUGAGGAAAUAGCAUGUCUUGUGACUACAGCCUGGGUGGGGAUCGCUGGUGGUGGAUUCAGGUGAAGCGUUUGGCUGUACUGCUGCUACGCUCUCUUCACACCUGUCUGACGAUCUUCUGAUCGUUCCUGGAGAACCCACCCACAUGUACAAUAGUGGGAAUGCUAAAAUUAUUGCUAAUAUUUAUGAAAUGACUCAAGCAUAUUAAAUACAAUACGAAAUGCUCUUGAACUGUUUAACAUUUUGCUGAUACUCAAAGCCUGAGAAACUGCAGUUUAAUUUGGAGUAAAUGAAACGGCAUGCUUUGUUGUUAGUGCUGGACACUUCGCUUGAGAACAGGCAUUUUGAAAACAAAAGUUUCUGACUUACACAAUAGGUAGGCCCACGGCCGGAGCUGGGAUAGUUCAGAGUACUAAUAAUCUGUUUCUUGCCUUUUCUAGAGACAAGUUUGCUUGUGGUUUUGCAGGUCAGUGGCAUGCCUCAUUGUUCACAGCAGUUUUGUUUUUGUUUUGUUGGGUUGUGGUUUUUUCCCCGUCUGUGUUCUUUUAAUACAAAGUAUACAGCCUGCACUGGUCCAUAACCUGUGUGGAUUAUAUCCAUUUUACAGUCAACGCAUUUGGGAAGUCUUAAAACUUGAUGAAGGGACUUUGAGACAGAAACCACCAGCGCAUGCUUUUCUCCCCUUUGGUCUUUUCUAGGGCAGCUUAUACAUGCAUCCUCUCUGUGGAUCCCAGAUUGCAAAGCCAGAGACAGCUUUUAUAUUUCACUUCAUGUUGCCUCUUUCUUCAUCAGUCACUUGAGACCUCUUUGGGCAGAAAAUUGUCUGAAAUCGUUGGGACAUUUGUGUCUCUUGGAUAGAACUUCUGUUAUAAAUAGCAUUUACUGAUGGUAGCUUUUUUUCUUUUCAAACACUGGUAGAGCUGUUUACUCUGUUUCUGUACACGCACAUCAGGAAAGGCUUUUAGUCUUGGACUCAGCAUGCAGCCAAGAAGUUCUUUGGAGUGGUAAUAGAUUUGUAGUCUGAGAGCUGAAGGCCACAUGAAAUAGCUUCUUUUCCCAAUCAAGAAUUGAAUAACAGGAGGUAGUACUUUCGAUACUAUUCUUUGUAUCAAAGCCAGCUGUGCUCCCAGAAUGGUGGUACCGCAUCUCCACAAAAUUUAUAGCACCAAAGAUGUUGGGGGAGGCAGGGCAUGUUAAGAGAUGGGACCACCAUCUCUGUAAAGUGGUAGAGGUUCUAACUGGAUUGGUAAACCACUGCAUGAUGCAUAAAAUAUCUUGAUAUCCUUUCUGUAUGGCGAUUUGAAUGUGCUUUUUAUUCCUCUUCUCUCCCUAUCUUUUUGUCAGUGUUUUCAUGGAGUCCUGCACCACUAUGAAGUAUUACCAGUUUGCUGCUUCACUUCAGUUUUCUAGAGGUUCAGCAUCUGUAACAGUGACAAUUACAAGGGAUAAAGAGGUGAGUCAGAGGAAGCUGGAAAAAUGAGGGACGGUCCCGGAGGGAAAAACAUCAAGUUCAAACAUGCUCGCUCAGGAGGUUCACAUGUGAAGUGUUUGCUGUAGCCAGAUUAGUUCAAGAAAUUAGUAUACAUCCGCAAAGAUUUAGAUAAGCUGUUUCAAGGUUUCCAUGAAGAUAAACAAUUGAAAUGUGGAUAGCCUGUUUGUAGCUUCGUGGUGGUUCUCAUCUGGAACCUGCUGGUGUCUUCUCCCAGUAGCUGGUGUAACGUUGGCCACUGAGAGCCAUGAAGGUUAUACCGGAGAAGAACGCUGUCCGCAUCCUGUGGGGUAGGGAACGGGGUACCCAAGCCUUGGGUGCUCAGCGGCUCCUGCAGGAGUUGGUGGAGGAUAAAACUCGAUGGAUGAAAUGGGAGGGCAAGAAAGUUGAGUUACCAGACAGUCCACGCUCCACCUUCUUGCUGGCGUUUAGUCCAGACAGGACCCUGAUGGCUUCCACACAUGUGAAUCACAACAUCUACAUCACAGAGGUGAAAACGGGCAAGUGUGUUCAUUCCUUGGUUGGACAUCGCCGCACUCCCUGGUGUGUCACCUUCCAUCCCACCAUCCCGGGCCUCAUUGCUUCAGGAUGCCUAGAUGGGGAGGUUAGAAUUUGGGAUUUACAUGGUGGAAGUGAGAGCUGGUUCACAGAUAGCAACAAUGCCAUCGCAUCACUUGCUUUUCAUCCUACGGCUCAGCUCUUGCUGAUUGCAACUGCAAAUGAGAUACAUUUCUGGGACUGGAGUCGUCGGGAGCCUUUUGCAGUGGUGAAAACAGCUAGUGAAAUGGAACGGGUCAGGCUGGUACGGUUUGAUCCCUUGGGACACUACUUGCUCACAGCAAUUGUUAACCCUUCUAACCAGCAGAGCGAUGAGGAAGUGGAAAUCUCCGUGGACAGCACAGAGAUGCCACAUUAUCGCCAGCGUGCUAUCCUUCCGUCUCAGCCUGUGAGGCGCACACCCCUUCUCCACAACUUCCUGCAUAUGUUGUCCUCCCGCUCCUCUGGCAUACAGGUGGGAGAGCAAAACAGUGUUCAAGACUCUGCUACCCCAUCCCCUCCACCGCCUCCACCACCACCACCUCUGCCUCCAGCCAGUGAGAACACAAGGGCAUCUGUCUAUAACAGGCUCCGGGAGCGUGUCAGCUAUCCCACAGCAGAGUGCUGCCAGCACCUGGGGAUGUUGUGCCUUUGCAGCCGAUGCUCUAGUGCAAGACUUCCUUCUUCUCUCUUCCCACACCAGGAAAAUGCACCCUCCACGUCUUCUGGGGCCACUGGCACUUCCUUCUCCUCUGUGCAAACAGAGCCUUAUCAACCCCCAGAGCAGGCAUCCGUAGCGCAGGAGGAGCAGGGGAUACUUAACAGGCCCUCUGCUUUCAGCACAGUUCAGAGCAGCACUGCUGGCAACACCCUGCGCAACCUUAGCCUGGGCCCCACGCGGCGGUCCCUCAGCGGGCCCUUGGCAGGCCACCAGUCCCGGUACCAACAGUCUGCGAGAGAGAUGGCUUCGGGCUUAGGUGGGUCUGACUGGUCCAGGACAGUGCUGAACAUGAGCUCUCGGUCAGAACUGGAAGCCAUGCCCCCCCCUAGGACCAGUGCCUCCUCCGUCAGCUUGCUGUCCGUGCUGAGACAGCAGGAGGGAGGUUCCCAGGCAUCGGUCUAUACCUCUGCAACAGAAGGGAGGGGCUUUCUGGCCCCGGGGGCUGAGGUGGACAGUGGUAGUAGCGCUGGCCCGAGCAAUGCGGCCAGCAUCCGUAAUGAGCUCCAGUGUGAUCUGAGGCGAUUCUUCCUGGAAUAUGACCGGCUUCAGGAGUUAGAUCAGGGGAUUGGUGGGGAGCCCAGCCAGGCGCAACAGGCUCAAGAAAUGCUCAACAACAACAUUGAGCCUGAUCGGCCGGGUCCCUCCCAUCAGCAGACUCCACACAGCAGUGAAAACAAUUCCAAUUUGUCCCGGGGUCACCUGAACCGCUGUCGCGCUUGUCAUAACCUGCUGACCUUUAACAAUGACACGCUGCGCUGGGAGAGAAGCACGCCUAGCUACACACCAGGGCAGGUCCAAAGCACGUUUGAGGGUGUGCCUCCAAAUACCAGCCAGGUGCAGCCUGCAGAGAGAACCGAGGGCAGAGCUCCUGCCUCUAGCAGGCUGCAGCUGGGCAGCUCUUCCACCCCGCAGGAGGAGAGGACCGUGGGAGUGGUCUUUAACCAGGAGACGGGGCACUGGGAAAGAGUUUACAGCCAGUCGGCUUCAAGCAGACCUGGGAAUGUAUCACAGGAGGCCUUAAACCAGGAAAUGCCUGAGGAAAGCUCAGAGGAGGAUUCACUCAGGAGGAGGUUACUGGAGUCUUCCCUCAUUUCAUUAUCCCGCUAUGAUGGAGCAGGGUCCCGGGAACAUCCCAUCUACCCAGAUCCAGCCAGGUUGUCUCCUGCUGCAUAUUAUGCUCAGAGGAUGAUCCAGUAUCUUUCCCGGAGGGACAGUAUUCGACAACGCUCUAUGCGAUACCAACAAAACCGCCUCCGCUCUUCCUCCUCCUCUUCUUCCACUUCAGAGAACUCAAGCCCGUCUGUAGAAGGAAAUGAUCUGGAAUUUGAAGAUUUUGAAAGGGACAAUGGAGACCGAUCCAGGCACCGAGCUCCCCGAAAUGCCCGUAUGUCUGCACCAUCGCUGGGGCGCUUUGUCCCAAGACGCUUCUUGCUGCCAGAGUACUUGCCUUACGCUGGGAUUUUCCAUGAACGGGGACAGCCUGGCUUGGCCACUCAUUCCUCUGUCAACAGGGUUUUGGCAGGUGCUGUGAUUGGAGAUGGACAGUCAGCUGUGGCCAGCAACAUUGCCAACACCACCUACCGCCUCCAGUGGUGGGACUUCACCAAGUUUGAUCUGCCUGAAAUCAGCAAUGCCUCUGUGAACGUGCUUGUUCAAAACUGCAAGAUUUACAAUGAUGCUAGCUGCGAUAUCUCUGCCGAUGGGCAGCUGCUGGCAGCCUUCAUUCCCAGCAGUCAGAGAGGCUUCCCCGACGAGGGAAUACUGGCUGUGUAUUCUCUGGCACCCCACAACUUGGGCGAGAUGCUUUACACAAAGCGAUUUGGCCCUAAUGCCAUUUCGGUGAGCCUGUCUCCAAUGGGCAGGUAUGUAAUGGUGGGACUGGCUUCCCGGCGUAUCCUGCUGCACCCCUCCACGGAACACAUGGUUGCUCAAGUCUUCAGGCUGCAACAGCCCCACGGUGGAGAAACCUCUAUGAGGAGAGUGUUCAACGUUCUUUACCCCAUGCCUGCCGACCAGAGAAGACAUGUCAGCAUAAACUCUGCUCGCUGGCUGCCCGAGCCAGGCCUGGGAUUGGCAUAUGGCACCAACAAAGGGGACCUGGUGAUCUGCCGACCAGAGGCCUUAAACUCUGGAGUUGAGUACCACUGGGACCAGCUGAAUGAGAAUGUCUUCGCUGUGCAUUCCAGUAGCAGGAGCACUGAGCGUCCUGGAACCAGCAGAGCCACAUGGAGGACAGACAGGGACAUGGGCCUGAUGAAUGCCAUAGGCCUGCAACCCCGAAACCCCCCCACCUCUGUGACUUCGCAGGGUACACAGACCUUGGCGCCUCAGCUGCAGAAUGCCGAGACUCAGACAGAGAGGGAGGUACAGGAGCAGGAAUCCGCCUCUGCAGGGACUGGGGAAGGUGAAGGUCCAGAAUAUGGGGCCAGUGGGGAGGAUGCGCUGAGUAGGAUCCAAAGGCUGAUGGCAGAAGGGGGCAUGACCGCUGUGGUCCAGCGGGAGCAGAGCACCACCAUGGCGUCCAUGGGUGGCUUUGGCAACAACAUCAUCGUGAGCCACCGGAUCCACCGCAGUUCUCAGACUGGUGCAGAGUCCACCGGAGCUGAGGGCACGUCAGCACAGCAGUCCACCUCACAGCAGCUGGCAGCUGAGCUGGAGGGACGGAUCCUUUCAGAGUCUAUGCAGCUGUCAGAGCACAGCCUGAGCCCGCGGACAGCCCCUAGCAGGAGUGAAGGACAAAGCGCUGGUGACCUGGACCUGCCAGAGCAGGCCCAGUCCUCCAUGGACACUGAGGGACCAAUGGAAUACAGUGACCUAACUAAUAAUAACCAUCUUCCUGACAGUACCAACUUCUAUAGUAAUGACAGCACCAGUGGGGAGUCGCAGAACAGGUAGAGAUUGAGUUGUGUGUUGGUGCUACCCUUGUACUGCUCAGCAGAGACCUGUACCUCACAGCUGGCCAGGAGCUGGAAGAGUAGGGACGUGUAGCUCGGACAGGGUGCUGGUGAUUCAGAGGGCUUCUCCAUCCCGGGUGGGCGGGAAGGGAUAAAAACUGCAAAGGAGGCCAUGGGGAAGAAAGCGUAUUUGACUUCCAGCGUUCCCACUGCUGAAGAGUUAACAGGAAUAUGAACCGUACUGGCUGCACAUCACCUAGAUUUUGAAGCCCCAUGGGAUCCCCUGCAAUUCGGUCAUUGUCAUCCUUUGUAAAGCUUCUUUCCUUUUCUCUUUCCUGCCCUUUUAUGCCCAGGGGCUAAUCAGUAGAGUGGAGAAAGGGAAGGGGGCCUGCUGCAUCCUUCUGGAGACAGGCAAUCCUACUGAGCAAACCUGGGCGUGAUGCUCCAGCUCCCUUGCUGGAGUGGAGGGGUCUUCCAGGCCACAGUCCUGCUCCGUGGCACAGCACUGCUCCCCCCUCAGUGUGUGGUGUUCCAAGACCCAUCCUGCUGUGCUGUGGUCUUUUCUGGGAAGAACUGGCCUUUGCCAAAACCUGUGUGGCUUGGGAUCUGCUCACAGGUGGAGAUCCUUCCUUUUUAGAUAGAUAGUUUAGUACUUGGCAGGAACCUGAGCAGAGCUGCUGUAUAGAUGGGUAGAGGGACAGGGGCUCCUGCACUCUAGUCAGGAUGCAGUUCACGCAGGGACGUUCUAAGCUGUGCCAAUAUUAACACGAAUGAGCCAUCCCAGUGGUUUCAUGGUGCCAGGACUGAGCUGCACCUCCUUGGCAGGGGGCAGGAAGUGUCUUGCAGCUCCAGGCCAGGGUGUGAGGUAUGGGUCUGUGAUGUGUAAGGUGUUGCAUGUGAAAUCUUGACCUUGUACAUGUAGUUUCUAGUGGAGAAAUCAAGGUUCUGAUAUUUUGUUUUUAGUCUCAAAUGUGAUUUUCCUUUUCGUUUGUAACUCUCCAUCCCUAGCAGGCUUGUGGAGGAAGGACGGGGAGAGCGUGAGUGCUAACGAGGGAAACACCAAAGAUCAAUGUCAUUAAAAUAUGACAAACCCUU